CCCCAUUUCCCAUUCAUUAUUCCCAUAAUCCCAUCUCCCAAUUUUCCCUCUCUAUAAAAGUCCAAUUCUUCUUCAUUCUCUCUCUCUAGAUUUUUUUUUUUUAUGAUGACGGAGGAGGUGGCAGCAGCUGAUUCAUUGCGAUAUCCGUUUCCUGAUUAUGACGAGAAUAAAAGUCGUAUAGGAUUCAUGGAACUUCUCAGUGUCGAUCAAGAUUUUUCAUUGCAAUUUGAUAUGUUUGAAACAUCGAUGUCUUUAUCGUCUUCUUUGAUUUCAAAUCCUGUCAUAAAUUCCGAGAAUUUGGAGAUUUGGAACCAAUGGCCGACCACGCCAAAUUAUUCGUCGUCGAUCUCGUCCACUUCGAGCGAGAUCGUCAAUGGUGAGCCGACCGAGCCAAAUUUAGAGGGAGGAGAGAAACAACAUCGCCAACCAACUGUAAAAGUUGACAAGCAGUUGAAAACAAAGAAGACUAGUCCAAAGAAGAAAGAUCAAGAACCACGAUUUGCGUUCAUGACAAAGAGUGAAGUCGAUCAUUUAGAAGAUGGAUAUAGAUGGAGAAAAUAUGGUCAAAAAGCAGUAAAAAACAGCCCUCAUCCUAGGAGCUAUUAUCGUUGUACUAGUGUAGCAUGCAAUGUAAAAAAACGAGUGGAAAGAUGUUUGAAUGAUCCAAGCAUUGUUGUAACAACCUAUGAAGGCCAACACUCACACCCUAGCCCCAUCAUGGCACGACCAACCUUCUUUCCUCCGCCCAUCUCGGUCACCCACUACAAUGAUCACUUAUACCAAAAUGGUCAUAGUUCAAAUAUUAUCAGCCACCCAAAAGGUUUCCUACCAUCAUCGUUUUAUCAACCGUGUGGCAUUGCUUCUUCCAAUCGAGCUACUCAAUUGCUUGGUACCACCGUUAAUCAUGGACUACUUCAAGAUAUCACCCCUUCCCAAUAUGAUGGGUUGGCAUGGGGUGAUGGUUCGAUCUUAUCAACUCAACCUAAUUCGAUUGGUCAUGUUUAGAAGAAAUUAUAUAUAUAGUAGUAAACAUGGUUUGUAUACUUAUUGGACUUGUCCAAUGUUUUUUAAAUAGUGUGUCAAUGGCCAUAUUAUAAUUUUUGUA